UAAAAUUCAAAAUCAUACUUUUUAAGUACUAUUUUUCUAACAGUUAUCGAAUAUACAUUCUUAAAUUAAUUAUAAUUAUGUAAAUCUAUUAAUUUUAAUUGUUAAUUUAACGUAAAUUACCUGUUUUUAAAAUUUAAAUAUUACACCAUUUUUAAUAUUUAGUCUCCUCUUAUUUGAGAUUAUUCAUAAAAAUAUGUAAAUCUUAACUAAACUGCUUAAUACGGUUCUGGCUUAAAAAUGACAUUCGGUGCGCAAGCGUCAAAAUUACAGUGUCUAUUCAUCAAAUUACACGUUCUACUAAAACGUUCGAAAAAUCCUCAAAACAUGGCGGAUUGUCCGACUAAAAGCAAAUGUCAAACAUCUAUGGGAAAAACUUUUAGAAUAGUAAUGGUACGACACGGGGAAUCCGAAUGGAAUAAACUGAAUCUUUUUUGUGGAUGGUUUAACGCCGACCUCAGCGACAGAGGUAGAGAAGAAGCCGUCAGGGCCGGACAGGCCAUUAAAGAUAUGGGUUUAAAAUUCGAUUUAGCGUUCGCGUCCGUAUUAAAACGAUCUCAGGAUACGUUAAAAUCGGUUUUAGAAACUAGCGGACAAAGUUCUAUACCCGUUGAGUACACUUGGAGGUUAAAUGAACGACAUUAUGGAGGAUUAACAGGAUUAAAUAAAGUGGAAACAGUUGAAAAAUACGGGGAAGAACAAGUACAGAUAUGGCGUAGAAGUUUCGACGUACCGCCUCCGCCGAUUACACCCGAAAAUCAAUAUUACAACACGAUUUUAAACGAUCCUAUAUACGCGAACGGACCACCGAAGGAUCAAUUUCCCAUGUUUGAAUCCCUUAAAUUAACCAUAGAAAGAACAAUGCCGUUUUGGAACGAAAAAAUCGUACCAGCUUUGAAAAGCGGUAAAAGGAUCAUAAUUGCGGCACAUGGGAACAGUUUAAGAGGAAUCGUUAAACAUCUGGAUCAAAUUUCAAACGAAGACAUCGCACAGUUGAAUCUACCUACCGGAAUACCAUUUAUGUAUACUCUAGAUGAAAAUAUGAAGCCGAUAGAGAGUAUGAAAUUCCUAGGGGAUCCGGAAACCGUUAAAAAAGCAAUGGAAGAGGUCGCUAAUCAAAUAAAAAAGAAAUAAAACGAUGCAGAUUACAAUACAGGACUUUAAACUGGUUUCAAUAAUGUUUUUAAUAAAAUUUUAUUGCUUUUCUAACAUUAUAUUUAAAUGCAAAUAUAUAGCACUAUAUUAUCCACAUAUUUAAACUAAACUAGUUUUAAAUCAGCAAUAAAUAUAGAAAAA